UAAGAUUAAGACUAUGCGCAUGUCAUAAGCUAUUUUGUCCUCUGUCGUCCUGCAACUCUGCCAUUUUAGCAAGGAUUGUACCGUUUAAAAUUCAAACAUGCUGACUGCUAGGUUGGCUUCUUCUUUGGUGAGACAACUACCUAGAUCCUUGCCUAGGGUUUGUCAAAAUGCUUUGGCAGCUGGAUUUGUUUCUUCAAGACACAUUUCUUUUACAUCUGUCAAGUUAGCUGCUGGUCCAAGUGGUGCAGAGGUUUCUUCUAUCUUGGAAGAAAGAAUUCUUGGCCAGACAUCAGAAGUAAACUUAGAAGAAACUGGAAGAGUUUUGUCAAUUGGUGAUGGCAUUGCUCGUGUUUAUGGACUUAAGAACAUUCAAGCUGAGGAGAUGGUGGAGUUUUCUAGUGGUCUGAAGGGCAUGGCUUUAAACUUGGAACCUGAUAAUGUUGGUGUUGUAGUGUUUGGUAAUGACAAGUUCAUUAAGGAAGGAGAUGUGGUGAAAAGAACUGGUGCUAUUGUGGAUGUACCUGUUGGAAUGGAGCUACUUGGUAGAGUUGUUGAUGCCUUGGGAAACCCAAUUGAUGCUAAGGGUCCAAUUGGUGCAAAGCAAAGAUUCCGUGUUGGUGUUAAAGCCCCAGGUAUCAUUCCCCGCACAUCAGUCAGAGAGCCUAUGCAGACAGGAAUUAAGGCUGUUGACAGUCUUGUUCCUAUUGGGCGAGGACAGCGUGAGCUUAUCAUUGGAGAUAGGCAAACUGGAAAAACUGCCAUUGCUAUUGACACUAUUAUUAACCAGAAAAGAUUUAAUGAUGCUGGUGAUGCCAAAGCUAAAUUGUACUGUAUCUAUGUUGCCAUUGGACAAAAGCGAUCCACUGUUGCACAGCUUGUCAAGAGAUUAACAGAUGCUGAUGCCAUGAAAUACAGUAUUGUAGUUUCUGCUACUGCAUCAGAUGCUGCACCAUUACAGUUUCUUGCACCAUAUUCUGGAUGUGCCAUGGGAGAAUAUUUCCGUGACAAUGGCAUGCAUGCUCUGAUCAUUUAUGAUGAUUUGUCAAAACAGGCUGUUGCAUAUCGUCAAAUGUCACUGUUGCUUCGUCGUCCUCCUGGUCGUGAAGCCUACCCUGGUGAUGUAUUCUAUCUUCAUUCUCGUCUAUUGGAGAGAGCAGCCAAAAUGAAUGACACCCAUGGUGGUGGUUCCUUGACAGCACUCCCAGUCAUUGAAACACAAGCUGGUGAUGUCUCUGCCUACAUCCCAACUAAUGUCAUCUCUAUCACUGAUGGUCAGAUUUUCUUGGAAACAGAAUUGUUCUUUAAGGGUAUUAGGCCAGCUAUUAAUGUCGGUUUGUCUGUAAGCCGUGUAGGAUCUGCUGCUCAAACUCGUUCCAUGAAACAGGUUGCUGGCUCCAUGAAAUUGGAAUUGGCCCAGUAUCGUGAGGUUGCAGCUUUUGCCCAAUUUGGCUCUGACCUGGAUCAGGCAACACAGAAUUUACUAAGGAGAGGUGUCAGGUUAACAGAAAUUUUAAAACAGGGCCAGUAUGUGCCCAUGGCUAUUGAAGAACAAGUUUGUGUGAUCUAUGCUGGAGUCCGUGGAUAUUUGGAUAAACUGGACCCAUCCAAAAUUACAGGCUUUGAAGCUGAGUUCUUAAAGCACUUGCGGGCUUCCCAACAAGAACUUCUUCAGACCAUUGCAAAGGAGGGAAAGAUCAAUGAACAGGCUGAUGCCAAACUCAAACAAGUUGUUACCACCUUUUUAGCUGGCUUCCAAAGCUCAUAAGCCAAUUAGACUUAGUUAUUUCUAGAGAUGACUUUUUGUGUUAAUUACAGUUGAAAGAGUUCUGGACAAGAGGAGGACAUUUGUUCAUUGUUAAAUAUCUUUGGUGAUCUAAGCUAUAAAUUUGUUUCUGCCUGUCAGAUCUCUCAUUGAGAUACACAGAGCUCUGGUGUGGAUGAAAGUAUGUAUUAAUAAAUAAAUUAAUGUAUUUUUA